CUCAUGAGGCAAUAAUGCUUUUAUUUGAAGAGUAUAGACAACGAGAAUCUUCCAUGUCUUCAGGUAAAAUCAGUCAUAAGAAAGCAUGGGAUGAAAUUGCGGCAACCAUGCACGCCAAGGGAUAUAAUGUCUCUGGUAGACAAUGCAUGACGAGAAUAAAUACAAUGAAACGUACAUAUAAGACAAUUAAAGAUCAUAACGCAAAAUCUGGUAAUAACACGCGCACAUGGAAAUAUUAUGAAAUUAUGGAAAACCUUCUUAGAGAAAAACCUUAUAUGGCACCAUUGGCAACUAUUUCGUCAACUGGAUGUGUAACAUUAAAAGAAAGAUCAAUAUCUCCAAGCAAUAGCAGUUGCAGUUCUACUUGUUCACCCAACAUAAUUUCUCGUAAACGUAAAGCUACAGAUAACUAUGCUAUCGAAAUAUUAGAAGAAAAACGAAAAGCUGAAGAAAGUAAAGAGAAGAGACAUAAAGAAAAGAUGGAAAUGGGAACAAAACUGUUACAUAGACUGGAUAAACUUAUAGAAAAGAUAUAGACAGACACACUGAUUG